AUGCUACCUUCGCGAUUGUUCACGUCUGUGCUUUCAAAGUUGAAUUCAUCAUGGUACCGAGUAAUUGAUUCUACGCGCUAUUUGACAAGUUCUAAGGAAGUUGAUACGGCUGAAACAGUUCCUUCUGCAUUGGAUGCUAAUGAUAGUUCAACUGUUGAAAGUGAUCUAUCAGAUGCAGUUAUGGACACUGUUAGUAAGGAACGGCUUGCCUUACCUUACAGUCAAAAAGCAUUGGAAACAUUAAAAUUAGACAAAUAUCCGUACUAUGUGGAACGUGAAUGGUGGAAAGAUGGUAAUAGGAUGACAUUUUGGUCAACAUGGCGAAUGAAACGAGAUGUCAAAAGGCGACAUUUGCUUGCUGAACUUGGCCCAGAUCGUGUUCGAUUGAAGGCACUGAAAUCUAAUAUUAUAUUACCGGAAUUGAUUAGAGAUGAAUGUGCAAAAAAGUUGCACAAUUUACCCAAGGGAUCAUGUCCAAAUCUUGUUCAGCAUUUAUGUCAGUUUAGUGGUGCACGACGUGGUAAACUGAAUAGAUUUCAUCUUCAUCGACAGAUUUUCAGGCGUCUUGCUGAUCAUGGUCAAUUAUCUGGUGUGCAACGAGGAGUUUGGUUCUUAGGCAUGGCUUAUAUUUAUACAAUUUUGGCGAUACUAUCUUUGAUACAAGAAUCAUUAUGUGCCGAAUUGUAUUUCUUAGCUUCUAAGCAAGUUGAACUUUCGGAACCUACUGCAGCUUUUUUAUCCAAAGCUGAUGUUACGCAAGCGAACAAAUACAUGCUAGGAAUGACAGCUGAAACUCCUCUAACAUGGGCAAUUGAGGGUGAUAUUUUCAGAAGACCACGAGCAUUAGCAGUAGUUACUGUCAUUAAUGGAAAAGCUCUGAGCAACUUACCACCAUCCAAAUAUGCUGUAUCGGCAGAUGGCGAAGAUUUCAAUCAUGAAGAAUUGGUUAACAAUAAAGUAUUUCGUGAUGAAGGACAAGAAUGGAUUGUGAUGCAGAACGCAAUGCUGGAAGGUUCACAAAUUGCUUCUGAUGCUCACAAUACUUUGUUAGGGAUUCAAGUCAAGACGAAAAGCAAGCCACUACGACAAGAAAUUGAAAAUCUUUAUAAAAUUGCAGAAUCGAUAAGUAAAUCGAAAGUUGCUCGUACUAGAAAUACCCCAACAAUUUUUAUUAUCAACGUGAAUGGUUUGCCAGCUGCUGAGAAGGAAUUAUCCAAAAGCGAAUAUAAACUAGCUCUUGACGAGCUGGAAAGCGCAAUUCAACAUUUAAUUUCUGUACUGCGGAAUACAUACAAUGAUCGUGUAAUUGCGGAGCUCAUUACGGAAUCAAAAUCUGAAAUCAAAAAGAGACAAAAAAGACAGGAAGAUAGUCCUAAAAGUCCAUCUGAGCGGAUAAUGAAGUUACGAAAGGAACUAAACGUUUAUCAGUUUUCAUCUGGCAAUUAUCCGGCUACCUUUGGCAUAUUUCUACUCGUAAGUGUUGCACUUUUUUUAAUUGUUCUCUUUGUAACUGUUGGUUUGUGGAAUAUGGAUCCAGGUAAAGAUUCAAUUAUUUAUCGCAUGGUAACAACUCGGAUGAAGAAAGAUUAG